CAGACCCUCAAGGGGCCGGGCCAUCGCCCUCCACCCCUCCAGCUCCCAGGCCUGCCUGUGGGGCCUGGAACCGGCAGAGGAAAUGACUGAGCCGCUCUGGUCCCCGCCUGCCCGCCGGCGCCCGCGCCCCUGGCCACACGCUCCGCCCCGAGGCGGCUCCCACGCGGUGCUCUCACACUCCAGGCAAGAGACCCUGGGCUCGGACAUGUCACCGUCCAGUCGCCUGUGUCUCCUCACCAUUGUCGCCCUGGUUCUGCCCAGCAGAGGGCAGACACCAGAAAAGCCCACACCCGGCUUUGCAGUGGACCCAACUCCUGUGAACCCUCAUGCCCCAGACCCUGUUUUUACCCCAGUUCCUGAAAGCAGCCCAGAAGUCUGGCCCACGCCUCCCAUCCUGAGCAGGGACGCUGAUGAUGCCACAGGAAGCCAGACAGCAGCCACAACCGAAACCCAGCAACCGACAGGAGUGCAGUCUGCUAACCCAGUGACAGAUCCAAAGACACACAGGAGCAGCCAGGAAGGUACCACCACACUCCCCGGGAUCAGGACUCCGUUCCACCGGAAGGACCUACCAGAACCGAAUAAGAAUGACCCCUUCAAAUACGAAUCGAAUAAGAAUGACCCCUUCAAAUAUGAUGAGGGCACUCUGCGAAAACGGGGGCUCCUGGUGGCAGCCGUGCUGUUCAUCACUGGCAUUAUCAUCCUCACCAGUGGGAAGUGUCGCCAGUUUUCUCGGAUGUGUCUGAAUCGCCACAGGUGAGUGGGAUGAUGCCCCGAUGGGCAUCCCAGCGAUGGGCACCCCAGCUGGAGCCUCCUACCACACCAGCUCACCAGCCCUGGCCUCCUUCUUCUACUCCAAGAGCCUACAGAGUGGUCAAGCCAUAAAGAUCCUUGAAGGAAGAGGCCCCUGGUGGGAGCCGGGUCUAGGCUGAUGGUCUCCCCGCCCUGAGGGUUCCUGGCUCUCCAGGCACUGCUGUGCCCCUCUCUGUGCUGUUGGGAUAAAUCGACACGGUCUCUCUUCCA